AUGCCUGCUCUUACUAGUGAGGAUCUAGGUCAACCUCUUGCGAAACGGCAGAAAAGAACAGAGGAUGAAGCUUCACAGAGUUCCCGUCUUCCUGGCUCAAAAAUAUUCUCUCCUUUCAGGACAUUGGGCCUAGUGUCUUCCACAGCUGUUCCAUUUACUUCAACUCGUCUGGGAAAGUCCACCUUUCAACUCACGACGUCGGUAGGGCGAGUUUUGCAGACAUAUGACGUUCGUCGUGGCCUUCAUUUGGUGUUUCUGAGUCGCCCUCAGACUCCUGAUGUUAUAACUGCCACUUUCGCCUGGCAAGACAAAGUUUUCGCGGCUUGGGGAUCUCAACGAGGAGAUGCUCCAGGUGGAGUAUGGGUAUUCAAAAGAGGGAAGAAAGUAGCAGCUCUUGCUGCUUCCCUGGAGCUGAACGAGCCGAUUGACCAGUUGCUUGUUUUCGGUUCAUGGGUGGUUGGAUGUACUAAGAGUCGGAUUGAAGUCUGGAAGUCUGACUCCUACGAACAUUACACUACACUUAGACCUGUACAAGCUGGAGAGUUCGCCGAUGAUUACCACUACACUGGCAAAAUGUGCAAUAUGCCAACCUAUCUAAACAAAAUUUUUAUUGGGAGAUCUGAUGGAGGCGUCGACAUUUGGAAUGUCAGAACUGGCAAGUUACUGCACUCUAUCCUCCCACCGCCCGAUGCUGGUGCUGUUACUGCCCUCGAGCCUGCUCCUGUCCUAUCGUUUCUUGCCAUCGCCCAUAAAAGUGGUGCACUAUCGAUCUACAAUGUCGAGGUCGAUCAACCCAUACUCUCCUUGCGUGGGGCACCCUCUGGCAACUCACCCAUUACUUCAAUCGCUUUCCGAGGCGAUGAUCGAGGAGCUGGCCAUGAUGGAAAAGAAGCUGGUGUUAUGGCUACAACUUCUCUCGACAGUGGUGACAUUACAUUGUGGGACCUUAAUCGUGGCGGCCGGGUCACUGGUGUCCUCCGUGGCGCUCAUUUAGUUUCUGGUGGUCAGUCUGGUUCUAUUAUCAACAAUAUUGAAUUUCUCGAUGGGCAACCUAUUCUCGUAUCGUCGGGAAUCGAUAAUUCACUUCGAACUUGGAUCUUUGAUGAGACUUUAUUCUCGCCGAUUCCCAAACCCCUUCACGCUAGGAGGGGCCAUUCCGCUUUGGUCACGGCCAUCACUUUCCCCUCUGCCCCUUCAGAAGGUUCUGAAUUUGGAGGAAAAUGGCUCUUGAGUGCAAGUAAAGACUGCAGUCUUUGGGGAUUCAGUCUCCGAAAGGAUAGCCAAAAUGCCGAAUUAUCCCAAGGUCAAAUUGAACAUAAAGCCAAGAAGUCAGAUCCUUCAGCAACCACUCGAUUGGAAAGCAAGAAUGUAUCGGAAGUCACGUGCAUUGCUUGUUCUCUUAAUCGUGAUGGUGGAAUGGCUGUGACAACGACAGGCCCGAUCUGGUCGAAUUCAAAAUUGACCAACACAGAUGCAUCCACAACGACUGGCUGGGAAAGUGUCAUCACCAGCCAUCGGGGAGACAAGUACGCUCGGACUUGGUUUUGGGGCAAAAAGAAAGCAGGUCGCUGGGUAUUUGAAACAGGCGAUAGUACAGAGGUCAAAAGUGUGGCAAUUUCUCCUUGUGGAACAUUUGCGGUUAUCGGAUCUGCUGGGGGUUAUGUUGAUAUGUUCAAUCUACAAUCAGGCGCGCACCGACGGCAAUUUCCACCUCGUUCGCCGUCAGGAAGCAGGAUCCCAACUACUGAUAAACUCCGUGCAGACUCACUCAAAUUGGGUAAAGCAAGACAUACUAAAGCGGUGACUGGCCUCAUGAUUGAUGGACUGAAUCGUACUGUUAUUAGUUGUGGACUUGAUGGGAAAGUCAAGUUCUGGGACUUUUUGUCUGGAAACCUUCUGGAUGAAUUAGACUGGAGUUCAACAACUGCAAUCACUGGGCUUCGGUUCAGUUCUACAAGUGAACUGGUAGCUUUCAGCUGUGAUGAUCUAUCUAUCCGUGUGGUCGACAUUGAGACAAGAAAACUUGUACGCGAGCUUUGGGGCUGUGUCGGUCAAGUUAACGACUUUACCUUUUCCAACGACGGGCGAUGGAUCAUUGCUGCGUCAAUGGACUCCAUAAUCCGAGUAUGGGAUUUACCGACCGGGCAUCUUGUUGAUGCUUUCCGAGUAUCCAGCACCUGCACCGCACUCGCAAUGUCGGCAACAGGGGAGUUCCUAGCAACCGCUCACGCAGAUAGUAUUGGUGUCAAUAUUUGGAACAACAGGAGCUUGUUUAUGCCUGUUUCAACCAGGAGUGUGGAGAAUGAAGAUUUAUCGGAGAUUGAGGCCCCUACAGUUUCUGGCGAGAUCGGCACGGGGAUAAUAGAAGCUGCAUUCGGGGAGGAACAAAAUGAGGAUGACAAAGAUGGACCAGUGCUCUCUCCGGAACAGCUGGCUCGCGACCUCGUUACAUUGAGUGUUGUUCCUAGAAGCAGGUGGCAGACUCUUCUAAAUUUGGACGUUAUCAAGGAACGUAAUAAGCCCAAAGAGGCCCCGAAGGCACCGGAAAAGGCGCCUUUCUUUCUCCCGUCGCUCAUUACCUCGAAUACUCCUGUUUCAGGAUCGGACAACCAGGCCCUGAAAUUAGAUGCUGAUCCUGCACAUUCGGUCCAGACUACCGGAGCCGAACGCUCGCAAGUGCAACGAUUGCAGAAUGGCAAAGGUCAAAACGCGCACACAUCGCGUUUCACUAUUCUUCUUCAUGCUGGCCAUUCAUCUGGGAAUUAUGAACCAUUUGUUGAGCACUUGAAAUCCUUGCCUCCGGCUAAAGCUGAUGUGGAAAUACGGUCACUCGAUCCACAAAUAGGGGCGGAAUCCAAUGAACUGUUGGAUUUUGUUGUCGCCCUGACAGGGCAUCUCAAGCUGAGGAAAGAUUUCGAGCUUGUCAAUGCCUGGAUGUCGGUUUUUCUCAGAGUGCAUGCGGACAUUAUCAGGAAGUGUUCUAUAGAGAAAGGAUUGCACUCCAGGGCCAUCGCUGAUGCCCUUGCUGAUUGGAGUAAUGAGCAACAACAGGAAGCCAAACGCUUAGCGCAGCUGAUGGGAUACUGCCGUGGUGUUGUUGGAUUUCUGCGGUCUGCGCGUUAA